AUGUCUAACGAUUUGUUAAAAAUAAUUUCCAAGGAAUAUAAUGAUUUACUUGAAACUGGAGAAUUUUCAGAUGUUGAAAUAUUGGUCGGAGAGGAAUCAAAUCCCAAAAUGUUAUACCUACAUUCUUGCAUCUUAAAACUUCGUUCAAAAUAUUUUCGUACCUUAUUAACCGGUAAUCGUAUCAAAACCAAGAAUAACAUUAUUAAACUUCAAUGCCCUGGUAUUUCCGUUAAAAUUUAUGAAAUACUCAUCAAGUACAUAUAUUGCGGUUUAAUUGACCUUGCAUCUAAAGAUACUAGAACAAAUAUUACGAUCUUAAUCGGUGCUUAUGAAUUAUGUUUAACCGAAUUAUGCGAUUACGUCGAAGAUCAUCUACUACAAGAUAAAAUAUCAUUGAUACAAAAUUUUGUUCUCGUUCAAAAUGUUGUAUUUCAACACAAUCAUUUUAAAAAAUUAACACAAUUUUACGAAAACACUUUUCAACAAGAUCCUUCAUUGAUUUUUAAAGCGGAUGAUUUUACAACCAUUAAACAUGACAUUCUACUUGACCUACUUAUUAAGGAUACACAUUCUUUAGAAACCAUUGAAGUUUGGGACAAACUCAUUGAAUGGAGUGUUGCUCAAUCCAAUGGAUUACUACCAUCUGACGCUACUACCUGGUCCGCCGAUAAUAUUUCCACAUUUGGGAAUUUAAUACAACCUUUUAUUUCUCAUAUCAACUUUAAAGCUAUGAAUCCGUCAGACUUUCAUCAGAAGAUUAAACCAUUUAAGAAAAUUUUUGAUAAAGAUCGUUAUAUUGAAAUUCUCGAGUAUUAUUCUUUUAAAUCUUUUAAAACCUAUUCUCACUCUCAACAAUCUAAACGAGGUUUUGUACUAACCGAGCUAAUAAAGCUUAGUCAACUUUGCAAGAAGAUCAAAAGUACCGAUUUUUCUAUGUAUAAUUACGACUUACUUGUUCUGGAGUUAGAGAUGGAUAGAUAA